AAGCCAUUAGUUUCCAGCGCAGGAUCUCUCAAAUUUCUCUACACUUUCCUCUUCUCUUUAAGCGUUUUCCUUCUAUAUAUGAACAACGGACUUGUUUCCUCAAACCACAUUUAUACUUUCUUCAAACUCUCUUUUUGCUCUACCUCUCUCUCAUGACUUCUUCUUCUUCCUCGUCUCACGUUAGUCACCAAAUCUUCCCCAGCUUCCACGGGCCAGAUGUUCGUAGAGGAUUCCUCAGUCAUUUGCACAAUGUCUUUGCAAAAAAAGAAAUCACGGUGUUUAAUGACCAGAAAAUCGAGAGAGGCCACACGAUUGGAUCUGAGCUCGUACUAGCCAUCAGAGAAGCGGAAGCUUCUAUUGUUUUGCUCUCACAGAACUACGCUUCUUCGAGCUGGUGUUUAGAUGAACUGGUUGAAAUCCUGAAGUGCAAAGAAGCUUCGGGGCAGAUUGUGAUGCCGAUUUUUUACGACGUUGAUCCAUCGGAUGUAAGGAAGCAGAAGGGAGGCUUUGGGAUCGCAUUCGAGAAAACCUGUGAAGGUGAAACAGAAGAACAGAAGCAGAUAUGGGUCGAUGCUUUGACGUAUGUAGCAACCAUAGCUGGAGAACACUCUCGUAACUGGACUGAUGAAGCUGUGAUGGUCGAAAAGAUAUCCACAGUUAUGUUGAACAAACUAAAAGUGGAAGAGAUAAAAAAAGAAUUUAGGUCUUGCGAUAUAGACCAGAAUGGUUUUAUAACUGCGUCAGAGCUUCGAUAUGUGUUGACAAAAGAUGGGGGCGAUUAUACCGAUGAAGACGUUUGCAAGGCGAUCGAAACAUAUGAUGUAGAUGGCGACGGUCGGAUCAGCUAUGAUGAAUACGUCAAAAUGUGUGAUAGUAUUGAAAAACAGGCUGCAGGGGUAGACAAGCUCGUCACAAGUGUUACUCUGCCUGAGGAGAAAAUGCAAGAAAUGAAGGCGACCUUUAUGUUGUUCGAUGUAGGCAAUAAUGGUUUCAUAACUGCAGCAGACUUUCAACUGUCUGCGAAAAAUUAUGGCGAAAAGUUAACAGAGGAGGAAGCUUAUAAUCUACUCCGAAAUUUGGAUGCUGAUGGCGAUGGCCGGGUCAGCUUUGAUGAAUUCGUCAAAAGAUUUAUGGCUAUCGAUGAUGAAAAUGAUGCGUUAGCCAAAAAGCUUGUCACAGAUGUUACACUGUCUACGGAGGAAAUGGAAGAAAUGAUUCAAUUCUUUAAGGCUCUAGAUGUCGAUCACAAUGGUUUCAUAACUGCAGCAGACUUUCAACAGUCUAUCAAUCACAAUGGCAAAAAAGUAACUGAUGAGGUCGCUUAUAAUGUCAUCCGAUCUAUGGAUGUUGAUGGUGAUUGUCAGGUCAGCUUUGAUGAGUUCGUCAAACAUUGGAUGAAGGAUAAGAGGGAGGAGGAAAAGACUGCGAAGAUCGAAAAGUAUGUCUCGAAAAAACUGAAUAAAUUCGCCAAAUUCAUUGCUAAAGCUUUGACCUGAAGACAAAAGGAGUUAUGAUGUUUUAUAGUGAUUUUUUUCAUUACUUAAUCAUGGUUUCCUUCUUUACGACAUGUUUUUACUUCUUUCUCAUUUUCGUUAGUUGCUUUGUUAAGUUCUUCAGUGUUAUGCCAGGCAUGAACUCAUGUGCUUGCAUAUCAUGAACAACUGAUUUUAUUUGUUUAUAUUUCUCUUGCUUCC